AUGAAACCACCAGCACCAAGGCUCACGGUGACUCCAGACCAUUUCUUCAAACAUAAGCCAGUGUCUCUGAACUGUGGGAGCACUGGAGACUGGACUGUGGUCAGAAACACCAGCACAGACAGCAGGCAGCGCUGUGGACCGGACUGGGGCAGGAUUAAUGGUUCUGUGUGUGAGAUUGAGGAACUUUAUUCUGAUGACAAUGGUCUGUACUGGUGUGAGAGAGACGGACACCGCUCUGCAGCUGUGAACAUCACAGUUCAUGAACAAAGAGUUAUAGAGCCUAGCACCAGCCCUCCUCCUGCUCCGUCCACACUGCCCACUUCUCCUCCAGCCUCUCUCCCCCGUCACAACCCUCCUCCUCUGGGCUUCUCGUUCCAACGGGCCGUUGCCAUGGCUACGCCUCCGAGAGUGGGCGUAUUCCGAAAGUCCAUGAUGAUCAACCCUCGCAUCAUUGAGGCUCCUUUAGGAAAGCCCAGGCUCAGAGGAUUCUCCAUCCCAGGACCAGACUUCACUUAUGGAGUUGCAGGAGAGAUCCACAAAAUAGACUUGGCGCACCAGCACCUCAACAGACAAUAUACUUGCCUCCUGUGUGUGGCAAAAUACCACACACUGGAGCCACAUUUCAGCCAGAGACAGGCCACCUGCGACCCUCCUAGUGGAAGAAACCUACUAAACUAA